GCUUGAGAUUACAAGUCUGAGAUGUGGUGGGGUUACAGUCAGCCGUUGGACUUGCGAAAGGAAUUGAAAGAAAUCAAGGACACGGAUUUCAGUAUACCUAUAGAGAUUUUAAUUAUAGGCUCCGGGGAUGCUCGGCAUAUUGUCAAGACCCUCGCAUCAUCUUACAAACAUAUGAGGCGUCCUAUCAACUUCCAUGUGAUGGAACCAUUCUUGGAACAAGUUGCGAGAUCUAUUCUACUUCUGAGCACUACUUUAGAAAUGGGAUUAGGGAUACAAGAAGCAACGAGAUAUUACCUAGAGUUGAUGGGAAAUACUUUAUUGAGGCCUGCCACAGCCAAGUAUUUGGUGCAACGGGCACAAAGUCUGAUUGACAUUCCUACGCAAGGCAUAAUCUGCCCCUGGUUGAACCUUGAGAAGCUUAAAUAUAAAGAGAGAGAUAAUUUGGAGUCAAUUUUCAAGUUUUGGGAAAGAGCAGCCCGAGAAGGAAUACCAAUCAGAGAGUACUGGGAUCGGAGGAUUAGAAAAGCACUGGGAGAGCGUUACGAUUAUAGAGAAGGUGUAUUCGACUGGGAUUUCCAUAUGGUCCUGAAGUCAAGAGAAAAGAUGAACUUGUUGCUACAUGAAUACAGAUUUUGGCGAAGCAAUGGCGUUGCUUUCACGUGGUUAGAAGGUGAGCCUGCAAGGUGCAAUCCGACUCUGAUUAAUAACAUUGUGAAUUAUGGCAAAGGAUUUUUGCACUAUGCCUACAUGGGAGAUAUCAACACCGGCCCAUACUUCACAUGGAGUUUGGAAUCAGAAAAGAAAACUGAAAAAUUGAGAGCUACUGAUAUUGCGGAACGAGAAGUUAUGCGAGCAAUACAUGAGAUCAGAACUAAGGAACCAAUGUGUGAUGAGGCUGCAGCAGCUCAUAGAGAUCCGUCGCUUCUGAAUGCAAUAAUAGUAACAGAAAUACCUGACAUUGAAAUAGAACAGGAAAAAUGGUCAGCAGAUGAUUUUGUCAAACAUCGUAGAGAACAAAUAAACUGGAUAGACGUUCCAGACUUUCAAGUAAUAUUUCAUCCGAUAUCAAAUCUGGAUAAAUACAAAGAAAAAAAGGAAUUCCUGGGAAAAUAUGACCUAGUAUGGAUUGCACACAACAUGACAAAGCAGCUACCACACGUUGUACCACUGAUGAAACUGGGCACCAAGGUAAUAAUUGAAUCUCGAAAGUUUAUGGUUGACUUGAGAAAGGAAGACUUAGCAAGGUUUACCGAAGAGCUAGUAAAAGAAGCCAAAGAUAACGGGCUCGAAGAACUCAUCAAGUUUGAUUCGGAGAAGGAUAACAUCGCUAGAUUUGUGAAAAACAAAAAUACUAGUUCAUAGAAAAUUAUUUUAAUAUUAUUUGAAUUAUCACUGUAAUCAAUUACUCCUUUGAAUGAAUGUAAUUCAUACCCAUGAUACAGACAGACUGAAGUACCAUCGCCGCUGUAUUGAAUAAAUAAAAUAAACAUUACCAUCAGUAUUCAAA